CUUUCCAUGGAUCUCUCUCUCUUACAGGCCAGGAGACAUCGUCCCCAUGAGCAAGAUGGGCCAAUACCACUCUUCGAGAACUGUCUGGUAUGAUGUCAUCAGUCACCACUGCCCGAUCUUUGCUGUAAAUCGUGAGGUUUUGAUUCCCAUACCGAAGCCUACUGGUUACACUGGUGCAGAUCCUUAUAAAAUAUCAUUUCAAGUUGGAAGGGAGAAAUUUCUUAUACCAUGGCUUCACGUGAUAAAUCGCAAGAGCUCUGAAGUUCCAAUGAUUGAUAUCCACUUGAGGUACUUGGGAAAUGAUUUACAUGGCGUCACGGCUAGAGUUAUAGACAUGCCUCACCACCAUGUUAAGAUUCAUCAAGACAUACAUAAGAACUUCUGGAAUCCAGAACAUUGGCCGAAACACGUGCUUGUUAGAUAUACAUGGGAGGAGCAGUCAGAGAUAGAUGUUGCUGGUGGCUUUUAUGUCCUAUUUGGAUCAGGACUCUUGUUGUCAUUUAUUCUCGCAAUUUAUGUCUUGCAGUCUUCUCAAGACAAACUAGCAAGGUUUGUGAGGGAGAUUGUUGCAGAAAGCAGCAGGGGAGAUGAUAUUCUGUUUUUUCCCCCUAUUUUAGUAUGCUGGUGA